AACAUGUUAAUAAGAGUUUGGUUGAAGUUUCCACCAAAAGUCUUCGUCUUCAAUAUUCAUCCUCCUGGGGCAUUCAGAAACAAAUCUCAUCUUCCUUUCAGAAUUCUCAUAGAAGAAACAAGGCAUGGAUCUGCAGCCAGAAGAACUCCAGUUCUUGACGAUCCCUCAACUAGUUCAAGAAUCCAUCUCAAUCAAGAAACGAUCUCCAAGAACCUUCUACCUCAUCACCCUCUCCCUCAUCUUCCCUCUCUCCUUCGCCAUCCUCGCUCACUCCCUCUUCACUCAGCCCAUUCUCUCCAAGCUCUCCUCCUCCGACCCACCUAACUCCGAUCGCUCCCGCCACGACUGGACCGUGCUCCUCAUCUUCGAGUUCAGCUACCUCAUCUUCCUCUUCGCCUUCUCUCUCCUCUCAACCGCCGCCGUAGUCUUCACCGUUGCUUCUCUCUACACCGGCAAAACAGUCUCCUUCUCCUCCACCAUCUCCGCCAUCCCCAAAGUCUUUAAACGCCUCUUGAUCACUUUCCUUUGGGUUGCUCUCUUGAUGUUCGCUUACAACGCUGUCUUCUUUGUUUUCCUAGUGAUACUAUUCAUAGCUCUCGAUAUGAACAGUGUAGGCUUAGCGGUCAUCGCUGGAGUUAUAAUCUCUGUUCUUUACUUUGUUGUUCAUGUCUAUUUCACUGCCCUAUGGCAUCUAGGUAGUGUGAUCUCUGUUCUUGAGCCUGUUUAUGGACUUGCUGCCAUGAGAAAAGCUUAUGAGCUUCUUAAGGGGAAGGCUAAGAUGGCUAUGGGGUUGGUCUUUGUUUACCUUUUUGUCUGUGCAUUAAUUGGAGGUACUUUUGGAUCGAUUGUGGUUCAUGGAGGAGGGAAGUUUGGGACUUUGACUAGGACCCUUGUUGGUGGGUUGCUUGUUGGUGUUCUUGUGAUGGUGAAUUUGGUGGGUUUGUUGGUUCAGAGUGUGUUUUAUUACGUUUGCAAGAGUUAUCAUCACCAGACUAUUGAUAAGACGGCUUUGUAUGAUCAUCUUGGUGGGUAUCUUGGAGAUUAUGUGCCUCUUAAGAGCAACAUUCAGUUGGAGAAUUUAGACAUGUGAGAUCAUGAUGGUACUAGUUCUUCUCUAUCUUUCUCUCUGUAUAUUAUAUUGAGGUAAUGUAAGAUUGGAGAAGAAGAGGCAGUGGUAUUUGAAUAAUAGUUGUUAUCUAAUGUGUAUGUAUACACGUGAACACUCUUUUGGUAGUGUUUUGAUUUGAUUAAUCUAUAAUUUGAAAGGA